UUUGGCGAACACAAAAGAAGAUCUUUUGAAGUCAGUGGUUACUAAAAACUGUUUGGUUACCAACGUUCUUCAGAAUAUCUUCGGUGUUCAAAAGAAGAAUGAAACAGGUGAGCAGGUUUGGAACAACGUAAGGCUGAGUAAAUGAUUACAAUUUUCAUUUUGGGUUGAACUGUCCCUUUAAGUUUGGAAUAUUUUAGGUUGUUGGUUAUUAUAAAAGACAACAUGCUUGCAAUGCACUAGCUACAAUGACAUUAUCCACCAGCCAUUUCAAGGUUUUUAAUGUCAUGGGAUGUUGUUGGGAAGCAGUAAUUUUCCAUUGCUACUGCUUGUGUAGUAUAAGAAAACCUGUUGGCUUUUUGCUGGUCAGACGUAUUGAAAAAUACGCAACAAAGAUUAUUCAAUAAACUCUGCGCCUUUUUCAUCAUCAUGAUCUAACACAAUCAAUUGAGGACAUGAAGAUAAAGAGAACACAAGAAAUCAGAGAAAAUAUGAUAAAUGAAGAAGAAGAGAAACUUUGGGACAAAGCAGAGCAUUUUGAAGAAAUAAAAGCGGAUAGAGAAUUGCCAGAAGAGUACUAUCAUGGGCUUGAGGAUCUAACCUGGAAUCUGAGCUCACUGGAGCAGUUACUGUAUAUCAGCCUGCCAGCAUGGAUACAAAGAGCUUUGCUUUGCAACUUAGCGGAGCAUUUUGGCAUCUGGAUAUGUCAUAACAACACCCUGCCGUGUCGUCUCAUAUCCUACACCCUACUGCCAUUCACUUUGCCUGCAACAUCUGUCGUCUCAUUCAUCUAUAGAUUUUUGUGCUGGGUGAAGAAAAUUCCCAGGCUGGCUCUGAAUGCAGGCAGGGAAUUCAAACAGGAAGUAAUCACACAUCUGCGGUUAGUCUUUGCGCACUUGAGAGGACUUUUGCUGAACAGAUUCCUGCUUUUGCAAAUUCAACCUUUGGUCUCCAUUUUUUCAUGGAUUCUUGCACCCUGGUCCUGUUUCCCAUCUCUUCCUUUUACUUUCCUUCCCUAUUUCUCUUUUCCUUUACUUUCUCGUGCUUUGCGUUUCCUGCCACGCAGUCUCUCCACUUCAACCUCAAAGAAGCAGCCGGAGCGCAGGAGCCAGACUCAGCCUCUCUUGUCUAGACGACGAUCUCUCCUCUGCUUCCAGCUCACUGGAUCCAGCAGUUUCUGCAAAAAGACAGAUAGCAUCCUUACAGAUGCAGAGGCACAAUCUUCAGCAUUCCUCUUGCAGCUCAACGUGGAGUUAGAAAUGGACAGCCAUCCUGAACCACUACAGCUUCAGAAGGACGCACUAGACUGUGAGGGAAGUUUAUUACUAAACCCAGAAGUAGAUGAGAAUCUCUCAUCUCCUUUUAUUUCUUACAUGGAUGUAGAAGAGGAAGACUGAACGACAGUGUUAUAAUGCAGUCAAAAGUCUCUACUGUAGAAUAUUUGGGCAAUAU